AUGCUACUUGCCGUUCCGACCCCCACCGAGUCGGAUGUCGGCUUCCCCGGUGAUGCAUCCAGGGAAACGGAAGUUCCCUGGGUUGAACCUGGAUAUCAAGAAAUUCCGUCUGGAUUCUCGAGCGAAACGAAUUCCCCUAAACUCUCUGAUUCCGGCCAUGCUUUGUCUCCAAGGCCCAUUUUGAAGAAGGGCCCCCGGAUCAGGCGUCCCUGUCGUGACCCUAGACAAGCCCUACUUGAUCCGGAACUCCCCUCUAUUCCUAGCAUCGUUGUUGAUGAGACCCCUAGAGCGACGCUUAGGCCGAGUAGCGGUUUGACGCGGCGUAAAUCUUUUAAAGAUCGGAUUGUUGAGGUGUCAAAGGAUGUCAAUCGGAUGCAACGAGAUUUGCGCGAGGAGCUCAAGGAGAAUGUUAUUGAAUUUAUGGAUACAACGACUGCUCAUGGAAUUCCAAUGGUUAUGUCGACAAAGUCGAUCGUUAUGCGGGUCAUCUGGGUGUGCUUCAGCUUUGUUUCACUCUGUGUCUUCAUAUAUCAGUGCCGCCAAGUGCACGCAAGAUAUUCGAAAAACGACAAAAUUGUUAAUGUUGCUUUAAUGUUCGAAUCCCCACCUUUCCCCUCAAUUACCGUAUGUAAUUUGAAUCCCUUCAAAAAACAUUCAAUACGAGGGAUUAGUGAAGUCCGAGAAACGCUUGACAACUACCAUCAAGCAGUGAUCUACAGUAAAGCACAUAUUCAUGAAGAAGAAAAGGAAAGAAAGAAGAGAGAUGCCAAUGGCAGGCCUAAAUAUCCAAUGUUCCGCUUUGUGCAGUUCGAACCUGUGUUAUCUGAUUGCGACUGCAUACGUGGGCAUGAUCAUGAAUGCAUCUGGAAAAAGACGACAGUACCUGAAAACCUGAAGAAAGCCUGUAUAUGCAAUUUUGACAAUCUCGACCGAACGGCCUGGCCGUGCUUCAAUUCCCAAACUUGGCAAGAAUCCAUUUGCCCCGAAUGUAAUGAUAUGGGAUAUUGCAAUAUUCCGAAUUCUACAGGGGUCGAUCAGAUCCCAUGCAUGUGUAAUAUGAAUACGGGUUAUUGCCUUUUAAAGCCGGCAUCUUUAAAACAUGUCUGGCAUUUUUUGGGAAAGACAAUCCCAAAAGCUGGCUCGCCUUUUUUGAAAGAUUACCUUGAAAAACUUCGAUCGAGUGGUUAUGAAAAUGUUACCGAUCAGGUCACUAUCACGACUGUCACAAAAGAACUGUUAAUUAUGCAAAUGGCGUCUGUUGAAGAAGGUCAUCGUGCCGCUCUUUCCUAUGGCAAAGAAGAAUUCAUCAAGAUGUGUUCCUUCAACGGCAAGCAGUGCGAUAUCUCUAGGGACUUCAAACCUUUGGUCGAUCCAAGCUUCGGCAACUGUUUCACCUUCAACUGGAACCGGAAAUCCAACAAAACCAGCAGCCGAGCGGGCCCUAACCAUGGGCUUCGAAUGAUGCUCUACGUGAAUGUUACUGAUUAUUUGCCAACGACCGAGGCAACCGGGGUUCGGAUUGUUAUUCAUGGCAAAAAAGAUCGGCCAUUCCCAGAUACCUUUGGCUAUAGUGCACCUACAGGGGCCGUAAGCAGCUUUGGUAUAUCAUUGCGACAAGUCAACCGCAUUCAUAUCCCAGAAGAUCCAUGCUAUGAUAGCCAGUUUUCAGCCACUAAAAAUAAUAUAUAUGAGGGGUAUGAUUACACCCCUGAGGGUUGCUAUCGUACGCUAUAUCAGAAGGAGAUCCAGAAAAAAUGCGGAUGUGCUGAUCCUAGAUUCCCUAGGUUUCGACUAACACCGGAUGUUUAUGAGGCGGAAAACUGUGAUACGAUGGAUAUUCGGCAAAGGGAGUGUAUUCUGAUGGCAGCUGAUGCCUGGCAGAAGAACAACGACAAUGUCGCAAGGAAAAAUACGAAAAAGCCGCAGUGCAGACAUCCCUGUCAAGAAGAAGUCUACAGUACCACAUAUUCAGCUGCGAAAUGGCCAAGUUCGGAUAUUAACGUCGAUUGCCAUGAUAUGAGAUCCGACGAAUGUAUCAAACAUUAUAGUGAAAACGCAGCCAUGCUUGAGAUUUAUUAUGAACAAUUGAGUUAUGAGAUUUUGAGCGAAAGCGAAGUAUAUUUGCUCGUUAAUAUGGUGUCGGAUAUUGGUGGACAAGCCGGGUUAUGGCUAGGAGCCAGCGUCCUAACCCUAAUCGAAAUCAUGGUGCUCGCCUUCAACCUGGCAACAGCCUGCUGUAGAAGGUGUGAACCGAAGCGCAAAGGCUCAACGGAAGAAGACACCAACAAUAACGAAAAACUAAAACACGCCCGAAGGCGACGGCGAAGAAUCCAA